AUGAUUAUAUUUCUCUUUUAUUAUGCAUAUUCAUAAUUCAUACAAGAAGGAAUAUCAAUUUUGGAGAAAGGGAUGAAGAUAUCAUAAGAUAGAGAUUAGAUAUAUUCGAAUUGUCCAAAGAUUUUGAAUUCUAUUUGUGAUAAUCGAUUACCUUCUAUAUAGAAAUAAGAUUAAGAAAUAAUAGAUUUUAUUCAACUAUAAGCUUAAUAAGUGUUGGAGUAAUUAGAGCCUGAAUAACAUACGCAUUCGUAUUAUAAUAAAAAUAUCAAUAAAUUAUUUUAAGAAAUAGUGUUAUAUGAUCAAAGCGAAGAGUUUCUUUCAUUUAAAUUUGAAUUUAGUUAAUUUUAUUAGAAAAAAGAAUUAUAGCAAAUUUAGUAUAAAUAUUACAUAGACUUUAAAAAUCGAUCAGCUAUUUUAAUGAAUUCUAAAAAUAAUAGUUUGUAAGAAUUCAAUACAACAAUGUAUAUGAAAUUUUCAGAUUUUUAUAUACCUUCUAGAAGUAACUUUAUUACUCAACAAUUUGGAUCACUUAAUACUUUGUAUCCUCCAGAUGGUUUUAAUAUAAGGACUACAGAAUAGAAUGGAUCUAUUUACUUUACUAAACCAGUUUACUUAACUUAAUUUUACGCAUUUAGUUACAAUAUCAAUUCCAUAAUUAGGAUAAACUAUAACAACUAAACUAUUAAGAUGGUUUCAAUUCCCAUGAACAAAAAGUGGAUUCUUAUACUUGGUCCAACUAACUAAUUAAUUAAUAAUAUAACUGUUGACAAGAACAUUCAUAUUGAUUCAAUUGCUAUUAAAGUGUCGAAACAACCAUAUACAAAAUAACAAAUAAAAGCAUUAGUAAUUGAAAAGCUUUUAGAACAAUAUUAUCUAUUGCAUUCAGAAUCACUAAUAAACACAUUGAAAAUAGAAGAAGAUUAAAAUUCUGAUUAACCUAAUAAGUAGAAAGUUGUUGAUACUACUGACGAUUUGUAUUAAUAAACAAUAAAGGUAUUUUUAGAAUUUUUAGAAAUAAUUUUGGCUAGGAUCAAACAAAUAAAAAAAUAAAAAUAAUACGAAUCUUUGAGUUCUGAUCAAAUACAAGAUAUUUUAUUAGAUAUUGAAAAUGAGAUGACAUAAAAUCAAGUCUUGAUAUUUUAGAGUUUGUUUUCUAAUUUCAUAAUAGAGAAAUAUAAUGAGAAUGACAUCAUGUUAAUGCACUAAAAGCUACUUUAGAUAGACAAAGGAUUAUAAGAUAAAAAAAAAGAUUGA